AUGAAAUAAUAUAUACUUUGGAUUUCAAUAUUGUUUUAUAAUGGAUAUUGUGAGAGUGUUUCAGAUUUCUAAGGGAAAGCAUUCAAGUUUACAAAUAAACAGAGCUGUAAAUAAAUGAGAAUUUAUUAUUGAUAGAAAUUUAUAAAGUAAAUGUUGGAUUGCCAGAAGAUUAAAUGGAUUUAGGAUUGAUUUCUUCUUAUGGAGAUUUUAAUGGAGAUAAAGCGUAAGUUUAAAUGAUAAAAUUAGUGUAGAUGUUGUAAUAGUUGAUUAGAAGAGUAAUAAUAUAAUUAUAUUGUAUUGGGAUAAUACAUUAAAUGAAUUUGAAUAAAAAAAUGUUUGUUAAAGUAGUUGUUAUCCAGUUAAAGAUAUCAUAAUAUAAGGGACAAUUCCAUUAGAUUAUGAUUAUGAUGGCUAUUUAGAUAUAUUAGUGGUUUUAGGAAAUGAUGAUGGAUUUACAAUUAAUAUAUUAAGAUAGACAGAAAUAAAGAAUGGUUAUCCAGUGUUUGAAGUAAUGCAAGAGAAAUAUUCAUCAUCAUCUUAUCCAUUUGUAGGAGAUUUCUUUGGUAAUCACAAGUAAAGUUUAAUUAAUAAUAUAAUAGAACAUCUAUUAUGAUUACUACAGAGACUUAAAGAUUAGUAGUUUAAUAUGGAUUAUAAUAACCAACUGAUUUUCUUGAUCUUGUAGAUUAAAGUUGUUCAAUAAAAGAUUAUGAAAAAACAAUAAGUGCAUAAUUAUUAAAUCCACAUUUUAGUUCUUUUGUUGAUGUAAGUUCUGAUUGUAGAGCAGAUUUAAUAAUAACAUCUGAAUUAGGUAUUGAAUAUUGGUAUACUAAAUAUGUAUCUACUGUUAUUGCUGAAAGUACAGAUUAAUUAUUAAAUAAAUAACCAAGAUUUUGUUUAUAGAUUAUAGAUUCAUUUAUUAAUGGAGCUGAAUUAAAAACUCUUGAUUUUGUAGAUAUUAAUUUUGAUGGAUCUAUAGAUAUGAUUUAUGUUUUCUAAAGAAAUGAUCUCUAAAAUUUAGUAAUUAAUUAUAAUCAAUAUGAAAAUCCUAAUAAUCCUCCAAAUUUAUGUUAAUCAAAUACAAAAGAUUCAGAUAAAUAAAUGGCAUAUCCAUAUUCUUAAUUUAGUUUAUUAGGAACUAAUACAAAAUUGGUUACUCCAUUAAGUAAUGGAGAUUAACCAAUAAAAUUAUAUGAUUAUAAAAAUCUAGAUUUAUCAUUAGCUUUAGCACCUUUUCUAAGAUUUGGUGAUUAUUUAGCUAGUGGUUAUCCAGGAGCAUUCAUGAUCAUUUAUAAUGAAACUACUUACAAACCUAAUAUAUAUUAUCUUAAAAAUGUACCUAUAAGUACUGAUUGUGAACUAGAAUCAAGAAUGUGUAGAUAAUUAAUAGUGGAUAAUGAUCCUGGAGAUCAUUUUUAUUUAAUUACAGAGAUGGAAGGGAUUAAUGUAGCCUUUUUUGAUUUUGGAGAAAAUGGAAGAUUAGAUUUCUUAGUAAAUAGUAUCUCUAUGGAUUAAGAUUAAAAACCAAGAUACAAUUUAGCAGCAUUUUAUAAUUAUAUCUCUUUAGAUGCUUUCUUUUUGAAAUCAUUAGGUAUUAAUGGACAAUGUGCAGCUGAUGAAGAAAGUAAGAUUACAUGUUAAGGUUCAUUAUAUUAUGGAGCCACUUAUUAAUUCAGAGUAACUGAUAUUAGUGGAUCUUAUAAACCAGCUGCAGGAAUUCAAUUAUAUUAAUCUGCUUAUUCUCCAUUGUAAUUACCUUAUUCUUAUAUGGGAUUGGGCAGAACCAAUAAUUAUAUAGAGAAUUUUUACUUAGGUAUACCAUUAUUAGAUGGACAAAUUAGAUAAUGGACUCCUAUCAUUCCUAAUUCUUAAUUAAUUGUUUCACCAUUUACUGAUAAUACGAAAUCGUAAUUUAUAUAUAUAUAUAAUUAGAUGGACAUUAUCAAUAUUUAUAGAACCAACUGAAGCAAUUUUAGUUGUUGUAAUAGUAACUAUAAUAAUUCUAUUUGUUCUUGGUGGCAUAAUUAUUUGGAAACACAUAAAAGAGAAGGAAGAUGAUAAAAAAAAUUAGGAAUAGUUUUUUUAAAUGUUUAGAUGAAUUAUUAUUUAAUAAACAUAAUUAUAUAUAUNAUUGCUGAAAGUACAGAUUAAUUAUUAAAUAAAUAACCAAGAUUUUGUUUAUAGAUUAUAGAUUCAUUUAUUAAUGGAGCUGAAUUAAAAACUCUUGAUUUUGUAGAUAUUAAUUUUGAUGGAUCUAUAGAUAUGAUUUAUGUUUUCUAAAGAAAUGAUCUCUAAAAUUUAGUAAUUAAUUAUAAUCAAUAUGAAAAUCCUAAUAAUCCUCCAAAUUUAUGUUAAUCAAAUACAAAAGAUUCAGAUAAAUAAAUGGCAUAUCCAUAUUCUUAAUUUAGUUUAUUAGGAACUAAUACAAAAUUGGUUACUCCAUUAAGUAAUGGAGAUUAACCAAUAAAAUUAUAUGAUUAUAAAAAUCUAGAUUUAUCAUUAGCUUUAGCACCUUUUCUAAGAUUUGGUGAUUAUUUAGCUAGUGGUUAUCCAGGAGCAUUCAUGAUCAUUUAUAAUGAAACUACUUACAAACCUAAUAUAUAUUAUCUUAAAAAUGUACCUAUAAGUACUGAUUGUGAACUAGAAUCAAGAAUGUGUAGAUAAUUAAUAGUGGAUAAUGAUCCUGGAGAUCAUUUUUAUUUAAUUACAGAGAUGGAAGGGAUUAAUGUAGCCUUUUUUGAUUUUGGAGAAAAUGGAAGAUUAGAUUUCUUAGUAAAUAGUAUCUCUAUGGAUUAAGAUUAAAAACCAAGAUACAAUUUAGCAGCAUUUUAUAAUUAUAUCUCUUUAGAUGCUUUCUUUUUGAAAUCAUUAGGUAUUAAUGGACAAUGUGCAGCUGAUGAAGAAAGUAAGAUUACAUGUUAAGGUUCAUUAUAUUAUGGAGCCACUUAUUAAUUCAGAGUAACUGAUAUUAGUGGAUCUUAUAAACCAGCUGCAGGAAUUCAAUUAUAUUAAUCUGCUUAUUCUCCAUUGUAAUUACCUUAUUCUUAUAUGGGAUUGGGCAGAACCAAUAAUUAUAUAGAGAAUUUUUACUUAGGUAUACCAUUAUUAGAUGGACAAAUUAGAUAAUGGACUCCUAUCAUUCCUAAUUCUUAAUUAAUUGUUUCACCAUUUACUGAUAAUACGAAAUCGUAAUUUAUAUAUAUAUAUAAUUAGAUGGACAUUAUCAAUAUUUAUAGAACCAACUGAAGCAAUUUUAGUUGUUGUAAUAGUAACUAUAAUAAUUCUAUUUGUUCUUGGUGGCAUAAUUAUUUGGAAACACAUAAAAGAGAAGGAAGAUGAUAAAAAAAAUUAGGAAUAGUUUUUUUAAAUGUUUAGAUGA